CGGACACAAAAAACUCUAUUUUAAAAUUGUGUUGCCACAGGAGGGGGGGAAUAAAAGAAUGAGGGCGUCGGCGGGCAAACAGUUUGGAGAUUUCUGGCAGGUCGUUCAAGUAACCGAAAACACUUGGACGCGUCGUAGUUAAGGCCAUCGGCGACCACUUGUUUAAUGCCCCACGCUCUCGGUGUCCCGGAAUCCUACUUUCCCGCGUGUCCACGUGUGCACGCGCUUCAUCUUCUCCAUCUUCUUCUUUCGUUUUCUCACCACAAAAGUUUUCCCACUAUAAAAAGUUCCCCAAAAUUAAAAAAAAAAAAGGAUCUCACGAAGAAACCGCCUCGAAGUUUCUUCAUCCUCUCCAUCUCUCUCUCUCUCGCAGGUACAAAAUUCAAACGCUACCUUUAUUCCUGAUUCUUGUCGUGCUCUAUACAUAUUCAUCAUACAGAUAGUGUUUAUAUAUAUUUAUAUAUAUAUAUAUAUAUAUAUAUAUAUAUAUAUAUAUAUAUAUAUAUAUAUAUAUAUAUAUAUAUUAUAUUUCGAUUUCGUGUUGAAAAAUCAAAAUUCUCCGCGAAUUUUAGUUUACCCAUUUCUGUAUUUGAAGAUUAGAGUGACUUUAUAUACUAUAAGGGUCGAAUCUUGGAGAAAAAAUGGCAUUUUUCCAGUCGUAGUCAGACAGAAGAAGAAAAUGGAGCCUUUGAAUAGGUUCUACUUUAAGGAGAGGUGGAAAUUUCGUGUGGUCUUCCAUGGGGUCGGCGCGUUAGCAUUUAUUGUGUUGAUUUUUCACAGAGAUUCGUUUCAGAACCCAGUUUCAAGAAAGCCAUAUGUUCUUCUUUCUGGAAAGAUUGGUGUUGAUGGAGAGGUUAUUGGCAGUAGGGAUUCAACAAUUUGCACUGGGAUUUAUGGGUAUGAGGGUUAUGAUUCCAAGUGUGGGUACUUGAAGCAGAAUCCGGAUUGCGAUUCCGGCGGGAUUUUGAACUACAUCAAGUUUUUCUAUUGUGAUCUUGAAAAGUACACUGCAUUGAGGCAUUUGAUUCUUGGAAUCUGGCUUGUCACCUUGUUCUACUUGUUAGGCAACACUGCUGCAGAUUAUUUCUGCUCUUGUCUUGAGAACCUCUCCAAUCUUUUGAGGUUGUCUCCCACUCUGGCAGGGGUGACUCUUCUUCCCUUAGGAAAUGGGGCCCCUGAUGUGUUCUCCAGCGUUGCUGCUUUCGUGGGUCCCGACUCGGGUGGCGUGGGGUUGAACGGUGUUCUUGGAGGUGCUGUUUUUGUCACCUCGGUUGUCGUGGGCACUGUUUGUUUGUGUGUUGCCGAAAGGGGAGGAGUUCGGAUUGACAAGAAAUGCUUUGUAAGGGACGUUUGUUUCUUCUUGUUUGCGUCUUUGUCUCUUCUUCUGAUAUUGAUUCUUGGCGAGGUGAGUGUUGGUGGUGCGAUCGCGUUUCUCUCGAUUUAUCUCGUGUAUGCGGUUUGCGUGGCUGCGAUUGAGCUGUUUAGAAGAUUAAAGUUUGAUUCUGUGGCUCCACUUGUGGCUCCUAUUUUACCACUCAAGCAUGAAGACUCUCUAUGCGCUGCUCUUCUGCAAUCUGAUUCUGAUUCGGAUUCUGCAAAGCUGUGGGCAAUGGCAAAGGUGGACCCUAAGGAGUCUUUGUGGGGUUGGAAUGAUGAGAAUGUUGUUGUGGGUGAGGCGCCACCUUCGUCCCCGUGUUCCAAGUUGCUUCUAAACCUUGUUCAAGUCCCGUUGAUGCUCCCGAGGCGUUUAACUAUUCCUAUAGUCGACGCGCAGCGGUGGUCCAAGACGUAUGCGGUUGCUAGCGCGUUUUUGGCACCUCUUCUUCUUGCUUUCCUUUGGAACGCUCGAUAUGACUACAUGGGGGGAGAAAUUCUGUAUGUUUCCGGUGCUGUUGUUGGGGGCAUUUUUGGCAUUUUGGCACUUAUAUUCACGAGUCCCGACCACCCGCCCGAAACGUUCCUAUUCCCAUGGAUUUUGGGAGGGUUCUUCAUGAGCAUAGUUUGGUUUUAUAUUCUCGCAAAUGAACUAGUUGCACUCCUUGUCGCGUUCGGGAUUAUAUUCGGGAUCAACCCGUCGCUCCUCGCGUUGACCGUGCUGGCGUGGGGGAACUCGUUGGGCGACCUCAUAUCCAACGUCGCGAUGGCGAUGAAGAGCAAGGACGGCAUCCAAAUCGCGAUAUCGGGAUGCUACGCGGGGCCCAUGUUCAACACCCUCGUGGGCUUGGGCUUGUCCCUGGUGAUCGGGGCGUGCUCGGGCGGGCCAUCCGCCUACACGAUCCCCCAAGACGCAAGCUUGUUCUACACGUUGGGGUUCCUGGUGGGCGCUCUCGUGUUCGCACUCGUCGUGCUGCUCCGAACCGACAUGCGCCCCAAUAGGUUUUUGGGGUUGGGGCUUAUGACACUGUACUUAGUGUUCCUGUUCGUUCGGGCUAGCUUGGCAUUGGGAGACGGGUCGGUCACCCCUGGUCCGAGCUAGCCCCAAACAGGAUCCACUAGCACCUACAUGUUUUGUACAGAUACUUAAGCCCCCGUCGCGCUUGUUUGUACGACGGGGUUAUUAGAUGCUGGAAUGAAAUAUGACCCUUGUGGAUAGGUGUAAUUUUUGUUCCAAUUUGUAAUACAGGGUGUGGUUUGUGUAUCUCUGUAUUAGGAGUGUUGAAACCAAGUUUGUAAAAGUAUAUGCAUAUUUGGAGUGCAUUAAUUAGGAAGAAUUCUAAGAAAAGAGAGAAAAAUGUUGCAGAAGAUAAUUGAAUUCCUUA